AUGAUGGAGGUGUCCCCGGCCCUCUUCCCGGAUCACUUGCGGGCGUCCCUGGCUUCCUGCGACGUGGCCACCUCCCAGACACUUGUCGCCAUCGACGCAUGUCUCAAACGCCUCUCAGAUCUCGAUAAUGUCCUGAAGCCUGUGACGUCCGCCAUCAGUCCUGUCCUGGGACGCACCCCAUCCGGCCCCCUGCUCACAGGACCCCAGGACAUUCCCAAACACCUCGCCACGAUCAGAGCGCACCGGACCAGCAUCGGCAAGGGCCCUGCGGCAGGAGAGGCUUUCCUGGCAUCCCUGCAAGCUGUCCAUGUUGCGGCCAGUUCCCUGCGGGCAGCGCUGGACAGCGGUGCGCCUGGUCUUUCGGCGAGCGAGGUGAAGGCAGCGGCAGCCCUCCGGCAGGAGGGCCUGACGGCCGCCCGAGCCGGCCUGGCAGCAGCUUUCAGGACUGGCGGCAGCGGUGCCGAGGCUGCAGCCCUCGUGCAGGCCCUGGUCCGUGCUGGGGACGAGCAGGGCCCUUCCACGCUGUAUGCCGAAGCGAGACGGGGCCCGGUGGCCGCUGGUCUGGAAGCUGCUGGGAAAGCUGAGGCCGGGCCACCUGGCCAGAGGGUGGCUGCGACGCUGCGUGCCCUGGGGGAGAUCGCACAGGAAGAGAGCCAGAACGCCAGCGACACCCUGGGCGCCGCCGGCGCCUGCCAGGCCCUGAGUGCGCUUGUGGGCCCCCUGAUCGUCGGGGUCAAGGGCCAGGUGCGCGACCUGCUGGGCGUACAGGCUUCCCUCUCCAAGGUUGCGGACCUGGCAGAGGUGGCGGCGGCUGCGCGGGCCGUCAUCCCUCCCCUGUUGACCCUGUUCCAGCUACCUGGCCAGCAGUCUCCUUCCCCUGGUCCCGGCCCUGCCAACAAUGGCGGCUCGGCAUCCUCCCCCUCCCCCUCCCUGGCGGCGCUGCAGCAGGAGGUGCUCGGCGGCGCCUCCCGAACCUGGACGUUCCUGCAGCAGAAGGGAGGGACGGGCUCCCUGCCCUCCCCACCCCCGGCCACGGCUGCCUGCCACGCGGCGGUGGGCGAGGCGGUGCAAGCGCUGCGCCGCCUCGCCUCGCUGCCUGAACUGGGGGGCCUGCUGCUGGCCCAGGGCAAGACGGCCAGCCUGUCGGCCACGGUCUCUGCCGUCCUCGACGGCCUGGUUGACAGCCUGGAGAGCACAGCCAAAGCAGCAUACCCUGCGGCCUCUGGACUGACGGAGGUGCACCUCCUCAAUUGCACCGUGGCCCUGACAACUCAGCUGCAGCGCACCGAGGGCACAGCCCAGCUCGCCGCGGCGUGGCUCGCAGAUCGCAAGGACCUGGCGGCGCGGUAUGCUGAGCGGUACGUGUCGGUGGCCUGGCAGCCAGCCCUGCGCGCCCUGAGCUCGGACUCCAGCCAGCAGCUCCGUGGGGCGGCCGCCCUGCCUGAUGCGCAGAGGGCUGCCGUGAAGACGGUCUGGACUGCAGUGAACGCCGCGCUUGACACCUUCACCAGCCACCCAGGCAUCGUGGAGUCCAUCGUCUGGCAGAAGCGAGUCCGGGAGCAGGUGGGGGCCGCUUUCCUCCCCGCCUACCGCGCCUUCUUCACAAAGUACGAGGGGGUGCCUUUCACUAAGGGUCGCCGGUCCAAGUACGAGCGCUAUUCCCUGGCCGAGGCCGAGGCGGCCGUGCAGGGCAUGCUGAGUGGGGCCGCUCGGGCCCCCCUGGAGGGCUCGCCGCAGAGGAGCGGUGCCAGCAUGAGCAAUCGCCUGGCUCGUUUCAGGUCCAAGCUGAUGGACUGA